AUGAAGACCAUGUGUGAGGAUGGCGGCAUCAGAGUGCAGCCGCGGGGGAAGGGGGUGGCGAAGGCCCCCGCGCGGUCCGAGGCUUCGGGUCGCAGCAGCCAGCGCCUCUGCUCGGCGCUGGGGACGCGGAGCCGCAGCAAAACAGUGGAGGGGCUGGGCUGGCCUCGUGGCGGACGGCUGGGAGGAGGUUACUGCGCCUCCCGGGAGGGGUAUCGGGUCUGGACAAGAGUGAAGGUGGGUGCAGCUGAGACUCCCGGGCCACCAGAGCUGGCACUAGGAGAGGAAUUCGGUGUGCGCAAGGUCAACGGGCGCUGGGCAGGGGACGUGGCUGGGGACGCGGCUGGACGGGGCUCUCGCGCUAGCUGCGGGCAAGGAGGAGCAGCUUCCAGCCUAAGGACACAGCGCGCGCGUCGACUCGCCGGGGACAGCCGCCGCCUCUCCCCCGGGCGCGGGCGGCCCGCGCGGCUGCGCGCCGGCCGCCAUCUUGACCGGGCGGCGCGGGCGGCGCUGCCCCCGGCGGUGGGACCGUGGAGCCGCAGGCCGGGCCCCGGCGGCCGCGCGGACGUCCCCAGGCUGGCGGGGGGACGCGUGGGCCACCUCUUCCGCUCCCUCCGAAGCCCCCUCCCCGCCGCGGGCCACGCUGACCCCUGGCUGCGGACAGAGGCGCGGCCGCCCCAGGUGAAAGCGCGGCCUGCAGUCACCCCUCCCAGAAUCGCCGGAGCGGGUUUUGAUCCUGGGAAGGGUCCCCUUGUCCUCGGACUCCUGCCGUGGGCAACGUGUCAUCACUCCGGGCGCACCCCGGAACUUGGGCUGCAGUCCCCGACUGCAACCUGCAGAGGCAGCUGCGGCGAGGGGGCCAGGCCUGCAGCACAGUCCCCGCCGGGCUGGGGCUUCCCGAGGCGCUCCCUCCGGACAGCAGAGGAUCUGAAAGUUACCAGGGCUCCUCUGGCCCUCGAUCGCUUUAGGAAGAAAGGCAGUCUUGGCAAGUGACUCAACACAAAUAAAAG